UGUCCAGCAAUCCCGUGUAAAGAGAGAGAGACAGAGUCACCGGCUGUCAAAUAAACAGGGAGAGCUUCUUCCACAGAACAACCGGGAGGGGGGUGUGUUAUCAAUAGGCGAAAGCUGUUAAGAAGGCAACGAUCGUAGAAUUAAAACACUCACAGAUGUUGUGCAGCGGGGACUUAGUGACGCUUCGGGACAGUCAAACCAGGAAUUUGGCAAUGUCUUUUCUUUUGUCACAAACGUCUAUUUUGAAUGAAAGAUCCAGCAGCAAUUCCAAACAGAGAAUCGCAAAAUAAAAAAAAAAGCCUCUGGCUUUGCCGGAGCUGAGCGAGCAUCUUGUAGGGUGAGGGUGGGAGAAAGCUGGAACAGACACAGUCUGUUUGUGAGGAGCUGGGCUCAGUAACUCCAAGAGACACCAGUCGGGAUCUAUCGUACCUGGAGAAAGGGGGUGGUGGGGGGAGAGGAACCCCAGGAAAUAGUCCAGCUACGACAGCACUUCCAUUCAGCCAAGCGACCCUGAACAUUGGUUUCGUUUGGAAACCAGUCUAUCCCCAGCAAACAUUAAAUUCUCCAUCCGGAGGGAUCAUCACUGGAAGUGACGGGAUCAUGAAAGGGAAAAGCAAGAAGUGUGGUGUCUCGAACCCGGAGCAGAGGGACAUGGAUGGAUAUGAUCAGCUGGCAGACAGCAUUGAGGAUGAAUUUGAACCAUCCACAGUAUGUCACCGACCUGAAGGCCUGGAACAGCUUCAAGGGCAAACCAAGUUCACCAAGAAGGAACUCCAGGUCCUCUAUCGGGGCUUCAAAACUGAGUGCCCCAGUGGUGUUGUUAACGAAGAAACAUUUAAACAGAUUUAUUCCCAGUUCUUCCCUCAAGGAGACUCCAGCAUGUAUGCACACUUUCUAUUCAAUGCCUUUGACACAGACCACAACGGCUCUGUCAGUUUCGAGAACUUUGUGACAGGUUUGUCGGUCAUUCUCCGUGGCUCUAUUGAAGACAAACUCAGCUGGGCAUUCAACUUGUAUGAUUUAAAUAAAGACGGCUGCAUAACCAGAGAGGAAAUGCUGGAUAUUAUGAAAUCCAUUUACGAUAUGAUGGGAAAGUACACCUAUCCGACAGUGAGGGAGGAAUCGCCACAGGAACACGUGGAAACCUUCUUCCAGAAAAUGGACAAGAAUCGAGAUGGAGUUGUCACCAUUGAGGAGUUUAUCGAAACCUGUCAGAAGGAUGAAAAUAUCAUGAAGUCAAUGCAGCUUUUCGAGAAUGUUAUCUAGAGGUCACAAAUUGACCUCUGACUCCUUGCCCUCCUCCUUUGGCAGUCGCCUUGAUCGAAAAACUUUUACUCGGGUCCUGGAUUUGUCCACUGGGGACCUACACCUUCUCCGAUCAUAACUCAUGUGUUUGUGGUGGGAGAAGUUAGAUUGUAGGACUUUCCAAUAAGCACUGAGAGAGGGGAGGAGAAAAGGACCCAUGCGGCGCACACUUUGUAUUUUUCUCAGAAUCCAAGAACUGCUUGAGAAUGCGAAGGGUGUGCGGCACCAACAAUUUUCCUGGAAAUGUGGCUGUGAGACUCACAUGCCAGGAGGUACACUUCGAAGACAGGCUGCUCUUCACAGCAUGUUACUAUAACAAACUAUUAGCAUCUGUAUACAAUAAUACCGGAUAUAUGGUACCAAAACUAGUAAAAAGCGCUAUCUCUGUUCCAUCCGUCAUCUGCUAGAAAACACUGGGCCACUGACCAAAAUCUUCUCUUUGCCAAAAAGGCUUUACUGCCCUUUCAGCUCUCCAAUAACAUUCCGACUGUUUGAAUCAAAAUGACAUACAAAAAUACAGACAGAGCUUUACUCUGUAUCUAACCCUGUGCUGUAAAUGCCCUGGAAGUGUUUGAUGGGGACAGUCUAGAGGGAACUUUACUCUGUACCUAACCCUGUGCUGUACCUGUUAUGGGAGCUUCUGGUUGGAGUGUAGAGGGAGCUUGCUCUUAAUUUGACCCAGUGCUAUACCUGCCCUGGAAGUACUGGGACAGUGUUGAGAGAGAUUUACUCAGUAUCUAACACCGUGUUGCCCCUGCCUUGAGAGUAUUUGAUGGGGACAUUGCAGAGGUAGCUUUACUCUGUAUCUAACCCCGUGCUGUAACUACCCUGGGAGUGUUUGAUGGGGACAGUGUAAAGGAACUUUACCCUGUAUCUAAGCCCAUACAGUAAUUGCCCUGAAAGUGUUUGAUGGGUCAGUGUAGAGGAAGCUUUAUUCUGUACCUAGCCCUGUGUAGUAACUCCCCUGGGAGUGUUUGAUGGGUCAGUGUAGAGGGAGCUUUAUUCUAUAUCUAACCUCUCUUGUGAGCUGGUGAGGGGGGCAGGGGAGAUGUUACAGCUGAUAUUUGGUAUUUGGUGCUUAAAUAAGUAAGUGCUUCCAUCUCCUAGUCGAACAUCCCUGUCAUUUUUGAAAAUGUUCAGUCGGAAGUUUCUGUACAUUCUGACAAUUUCAGAUUUGUCUCAAAAUUUCAAAUAAUUUAAAGAGCCCUCAUUUAUUAUUUGCUGUGAUGCUUCACCAUAUCACCUGUGGUGUCUAGCAGGGUUGGAAUCAGUGAUCUGCUGAUCUACAAUAACCGCCAAUGAGAAUGCUGACUGCAUGAAAACAUGAUGAAAAACAGAGCAAUAUCGUUCAAUAUUUACAUCAAUAUAAAAAGGAAGUUGGCUCAACAUUGGAUGAUCACUACUUGUGGAAUGUAAAAGUUAGUGUUACUACAACAAUAUCUUACACUUAUACAGGGCCUUUGACAAGGCAAAAAUCUCAAGAGCAUUAUCAAAAACAUUGGCCUGAAGCUGCACGAACAGAUGUGGACAAGGUGAGGAGUUUUCAAGGACAAUUUUAAAACAGUAAAGACAGUCGGCAGUAAGUUUUGAUGAGGGUUGCCCAGGAUUUGGGGCCAAGUUGGUUGAAUUCACAGAUACUUAGGGAACAGUUAGAAAGCGAGUGAUGUGCAAAGGCUAAAGCUGGAGGAAUGUCAGGAUACUGGAGGGUGGGAAUGGACUACACAGAUAGGGUGGAUCAAAAUCAUGAAAGGAUUUCAACACCAAAGUUAAGAAUGAAAAAUGAAAGAGAUCCCUUUAAGAGACAAAACCCUUAGUCUAAUAAUCCAAGAUAAGGUUUAAUAGAAUGGAUAUUAAGUGGGUCUGGUCUCAGAGUAUACCAAAGGCACCAUUAAGCUCUAUCAGUGGUCCUGCCUGUACUCAUUACCUAGGUUUUCCAGGAGACAUGAAAGAAAGGAGAAAAAUAAAAUCAUCGCAGGCCUGUGGCCUGACGUAGACAAUCAUAGACCCAAACCUGCACUUGCCAGUGAGCAAAAAGCAAGCCCUACUUCUCAAAUGUUAGGCAGAGAUUAUUGACAGAGACUCACAGCAUUUACCCCCUACCAUUGAGUUCCAAGUGACAGAAGUGAUAAAGUGAAUGGGGAAAGUUAUUCCCUGCCGUGAGGGAAUAUGAAUUUCAAUGGAUACAAUUCAACAAUGGCGCCAUUAGAAGGAAAUGUCACAGAAAACAGAAAUGUGUUGCCAAAGUUUAUUGUCUUAUUCUCAUCAGGACAAAUGCAAGAAUGCCAAAUUUCCCUCCUCCAUGGCAACACUUCAGCUAAUAAGAGAUGCCUAGCCAAUCAAUCAGCAUCUUUAGUUUUUUCCUCUAGCAGUGUAAGUUGUUGUGAGUAGUUUGAAAAUUGGCAUUCUUCCAAUUGUCUUGAUGAACAAUAAACAAAACAGUUUCAGAAAGAUGUCCCUAUUUUCAGUGAUAUUUGAGUUCCGUAUAACCAAGUGAUCUUUAAGUAGGUGAAGAUGCUAGGGGUAGGACGGUGGAAAACUUUUGAUAAACAAAAGGGUGGCGGGGGGUGGGUGGCUAUGUAACAUUGUGGAACAAAGGGGCCUCAGAAGCCGCAUUUCCACAAUCUUUUAAAAAACUGUUUUCCACUAUUCCUGUUGGUUUUGAAGGUUGAACUCAGGAACACGUCAUAUUUCUGGGACCCCAGAAUGUGAACCUAAAUUGCGACAGUCGGAUCAAUACUUUGGGUGUGCAAGGCCUUCAGAAUUAUUGAUUGGGUCUGUUUACAAAUUUUAACCAUUUGAUUGCUUUCCUGUCAUAUAGCCCUCUGCAUCACACAGUUACACAACUCACAAAACUGUUCUGCAUGAUAGACAAAGACUUAAUUCGAGUCUCCUGCUCCACAUAUGAAGAAAGCUUUUUGUUGGGUCUUGCUGUUAAUCAACACAGAAAACUAAACAAGAGGCAGAAUUUAGAUUGGGGUUUCAGAUCUGGCUGAUGCUUUUGUGAAUGCUAGAGAGGUCUUUCAGGUGGUUCACGAAUGUCCUUUAGGAAAGGAAACUGCCAUCGUUACCUGGUCUGGCCUACAUGUGACUCCAGAUCCACAGCAAUGUGGUUGACUCUUAA